AUGUCGGCCUCAUUCAACUGGACUGCGUUAGCAGUAGCCGUAACCGCAGUUUUCAUAUUCUGGACCUUCUCCUCAACCUCCUCCUCACCCUUCACACGGUCACUCCCACGCCUCGAAAACAAGCGUAUCUGUCUCCUAAUCGCACACCCAGAUGACGAAGCCAUGUUCUUCGCACCAUCGGUGCUAUCCCUCACCAGGCCCGAGCUCGGCAACCACCUAAAGAUCCUCUGUCUCAGCAGCGGCGACGCAGAUGGCCUAGGCGAGACACGCAAGCAAGAGCUCCAGAAAUCAGCCAAACAGCUCGGGCUUCGCAGCGAAUCAGACGUUUUCAUAGUCGACGAUCCGAAAAGAUUCCCCGAUGGAAUGGACAAGAACUGGGAUGAGGGCCUAAUCUCGUCCCUGCUGGCCUCGGCUUUCGCUCCGGAAAUGGCCGCGCAGAAGAAGCAGCCUGGAAAGCGUGUCGAUCCUAACAAGGCUCCUACCGCUACGAUCGAUAUUAUAAUUACCUUUGACAAACACGGCAUCAGUAAUCAUCCUAAUCAUCGCUCGCUGUACUACGGCGCUGUGAACUUCAUCCGCGCCCUGAUGAAGGACAAGGCCGGGUUUACUUGUCCUGUCACGCUGUAUACACUGACUACGACGUCCGUGUUCCGCAAGUAUGCCGGUGUGCUUGAUGCGCCGCUCUCCAUGUUCCUUGGUGUAUGGAGUAACAUCACUGGCGGGUUGCGCUCGAAACAGAAGGAUGCCGCGGCCGGUCCUGUACGGCUGCUGUUUGUUAGCUCAAUAAAUGAGUGGUUGAUUGCGCAGUCCGCUAUGGUCAUUUGUCAUAAGAGUCAGAUGGUUUGGUUCCGGUGGGGAUGGAUCACCAUUGGGAGAUAUAUGACUGUCAAUGACCUCCAGCGGGAGAAAGUCUAA